AUGCCACCACGGAAACGAGCACGCCUAUCGCAGGCUACUUCGCCGGCACAGUCAUCGCCAUCAGGACCAGGUACACCUGUGGAGUCGGCAGGAGAGUCUCCAAGCAAGAGCGACGAGAAACUGCUCAAUGACCCAUGGACGGACGAAGAAGAGAUUGGACUGCUCAAGGGACUGAUGAGAUGGAAGCCUACUGUGCUGAUGUCGGCGAUUCAGGCUGAUGAGCAGCUAGGCAUCCACAAGCACUUCCACCUCAUAGCUCUGCAUAGCUUCCUGCUGGAGAAUGGCUAUAUACAUCCUCGCGCAGAGCAUACAAAACCGGCUGGUAUCUGGACGAAGCUGCAGACCCUCUAUGAUUUAGAAACGCUGGAUGAACGGGAAGAUGCGCGACAAUUGUCUAAUUUGAGCCUGGAUACUUCGAGUGAGGACGAAGAUGCAGAUGUCUACAGUGAGGCUGAAAACAAGAUCCAUUGCGAGGACUUUGCACUGCCAGAGGAGGAGUACGCAGAGCUGAAGUGGCGACAACGAUUCGCCGAUGAGGAUGAAGAGGUUGCAGAGAGUCCAGCUGAGCUACCUGAGCUAAAUCUCGCGGACCAACCACCCAUCCGAUUCGCACCCAGUUUCAGUGUCGAGCCCAGCGAAGCAGCGACACCUUCUGUGCGAGGAGGUAGGAUGAAAGCGAGAGGACGAGGUAGAGGUGGUGCAGCUGCGACAGCGCCGAGCACAAGACGGUCUGCUAGACAGGCGGAGUCGGUUGCGGAGGAAGAGGAUGAGGGUGAGGGCAGCGAGGACGGAGAAGAUGAGGAUGGUGAGGAGAGUAGUGAGGAAGUUGAGGAGAGUGAGGAGGGUACACCAGCGAGAUCGACCAGGACAGCGAAGAGGGGACGUGGGCGGCCGGUUGGGAGGGGCAGGGGUAGGGGAAGGGUCAGAGGCAAGUGA